CAGGAAAAGAAGGGAAGAAGGAAGCAGAGGGAAGAAGAGAGGGAGGAGGAGGGGUGGCGGCGCCGUGGCGGAGGAGCAGGAGCAGGAGGGGGAUGGAGAGGAGAAGGCUCCUGGGUGGCAUGGCGCUCCUGCUCCUCCAGGCGCUGCCCAGCCCCCUGUCAGUGAGGGCUGAGCCCCCGCAGGAUAAGGAAGCCUGUGUGGGCACCAACAAUCAAAGCUACAUCUGUGACACGGGACACUGCUGUGGACAGGCUCAGUGCUGCAGCCACUACUAUGAACUCUGGUGGUUCUGGCUGGUGUGGACCAUCAUCAUCAUCCUGAGCUGCUGCUGUGUCUGCCACCAUCGCCGAGCCAAGCACCGCCUUCAGGCCCAGCAGCGGCAACAUGAAAUUAACCUGAUCGCUUACCGGGAAGCCCACAAUUACUCAGCAUUGCCGUUUUACUUCAGGUUUUUGCCAAACUAUUUACUACCUCCUUAUGAGGAAGUGGUGAACCGACCUCCGACUCCUCCCCCACCGUACAGUGCCUUCCAGCUACAACAGCAGCAGCUGCUGCCUCCCCAGGGUGGCCCUGCAGGCGGCAGCCCCCCGGGCGCUGACCAGCCCCAGGGCUCCCAGGGAGCACAGAGCAGUCCUUUGUCUGGACCGAGCAGAAGCAGCACAAGACCCCCAAGUGUCGCAGAUCCUCAGUCCCUCGAAGCGCCCACUGCACGGGCAGCCACCAAAGCCCUUGGGAUGGAGUCCAGUAGCUCUGUGGCCAGCCAUGGGGAGCUGGACCCCGGGGCCUUCCUGGACAGGGAUUCAGAGUGUAAGGAGGAGCUUCUGAAAGAUUCAAGUUCUGAGCCUGGCGGUGCACCCCCCGACAGCAAGGACAAGACACCGGGCAGGCAUCGCCGCUUCACAGGUGACUCGGGCAUUGAGGUGUGUGUGUGCAGCCGGGGCCACCACGAUGGUGACCUCAAGGAGUUUGACACACUCAUAGAUGACGCUCUGGACGGGCCCCUGGACUUCUGUGACAGCUGUCACGUACGGCCUCCUGUCGACGAAGAGGAAGGGCUCUGCCUGUCCUCUGAGGGGCAGGCUCGAGAGCACGGGCACCCCCACCUGCCACGGCCGCCUGCGUGCCUGCUGCUAAACACCAUCAACGAACAGGACUCCCCAAACUCGCAGCGCAGCAGCUCCCCCAGCUAGAACAGGCCUGCCUGCACCCCAGAGCUUGACAGCAACCAGGGUUGAGGACACCCACAAGAGAAGCAUUAAGUCAUUCGUAGAGGUGGUCCAGCCACUUUGUCCUUUUAUUUUCUUCUUCCCCUCCUGUCCCACCUUGCCCACAUCUCCAGGUACAGAUUCAGGGUGUGGACGCCUCCUCUCCCCACAAAAGCACAGUGUUCUAGAAGAUGGAGAAGCUGACUCGUUCCACACCCCCCUUUCCAGAGCUGUGUCUCACCUACCUGCUUGGCUGAGAAACGUGUGUUUGGAAAACCCCCGAGGACUGGGGCUGGACUGUGCCCUAGGAUGGUUCUCAGUGACGGAGUGGAUUCGUAAGAGAACUGUCUCCGUCUGGGAGAGACAGUUUAUCUUGGCCCUGAGAGAAGAAGGAAACCCUCCGGGGCCUGGGGAUUGUCACCUGUGGCCACCACUGGCUACAGAGCUGGCACUGGUCUAAUCCUGUGGGAGGGUGAGCGCUAGUGGACAGGGUGGUGAGGGACUUGUUGAUUUGACAAGCCCCAGGCGGAAAGUACACAUCUGUGCAUUGUGGAGGGGACCCUUCCCAGCAGGCUUUGGCCAGCUUCAGCCUGGUUCAGGUGUAGACGAUUAUAUUGUUCUCUGUGUUUUCCUUUAAAAACAAGUAACAAAGGCUAGCUGGACACAAGAACAAAUUGGUGGGUGGGCAGGAACUCUUGUCUGCACAAGGGAAUUCUGCUGCUCCUCCCCAGGCUGAGUUCCCAAGAGUCUAACUACUGCUGGGCCAGGAGGAGAGAGUCUGAACAGGCCAUCCUGGGGCCUCUCUGUGAGUGGAGACCUGAAGACUGGUAGAGAUCAUAGCCUCUUUCACUUCUGCCCUUUGUCCGUGCCCACAGUUGAUCAGUGGCCCCGGCCCCUCCUGAACACAGCCUGUAGUCUCUGUCUCCCUGUCCUCUGUAAGCAGAUGGACUGAGGAAGUUGUGUGUUCAGGAGGAGGCAGCCUCCUAGCCUGGCUCUCACACAGUAUUUCCUGUUGCGUUUGACUAAGUCUGUUGCUUGUGUACCUGUUUGUCUUAAACUGACCACUUAGAAGGAACACCUUGGUUACCUGUGGUUCUCGUGGCUGCCUUGCCCCUAGCCUGUUGGAGAAGCAUGACUCACUUUCCUGUACAGCCUGUGCAGAGUCACCUGGGUGGGAGUCAACAUCCGCUUCCAGCAGACCUCGGGGCCUGCUUACUGUCAUCUGGCCCUGGAGCACAGAGGCCACUGAGACGAACAUUCCCCACCCAGCCCUGCUCAUGCAAAGAGUUUGGUUUCUCCCCUGCUCUUGAAUGACAAGGCAUAGAGUUGGCACUGCCAUUAUGGUAAGAAAGAAAAAAAAAAAAAGAAGAAAAACCAAGUCCAUAUGUAAACACAAACAGAUCCAAGGCGAAUGCGUGUCUGCGUUUGGAUGUCACAAACCAAAAUCCUUGUCGAACAAAAGUGAAGUCUGCACAGUGAUGUUGGAUGGCGUGUGUGCGUGUGUGCGUGUGUGCGUGUGUGUGUGUGUGUGUGGUGUGGUAUGUGGCCCCGAGCCCUGUGUUCCUGUGAAGAUACUUUGAAUGGCCAUUCUGCUCACAUUAACCACAUGCCUGGAGCACAUAUGGCCCUCUCAAGGUAAUUUAUUUUACACAUUUACUGUUUACUGAACAAUCGUCUGACCGUACUCGGGUGUAUUCGGCAGUCUUGCCGACGGCAUUGCCUGUGUUUGCCGGCGACGCUGCCCUCCAGGGAGAGGCUUCCCACUCCGCUCACCACUGCAGUUUGCACAUUGCUCCGCGGACUCAGAGGCCUGCGUUCUGUUCCCUGUGCGUGGAAGCAUUGGGACCCGGUCUCCCUCCCUCUGCUGCUUUCAGACAGACGCUCGAUUGAGUCUUGAGUGACAAGCGUGGAUGGGUCGUGCGUGGCCCAGACAUCGCCCUGCCUAGGAUCACCAGGAGUCUCUGGCAGAGACCUUGGCGCCACGUUCGCACCUCAUCCACCAAGGUCCAGAGAGAGUAGAGAGGGAGCUGGCGGGUGGUCAGAGGGGCCCGAGCCACGGCCCUCCCACACCUUUCCGGCUACUUUCUUGUUAAAAUGCCAGACACCUCACUGAUGUGUGUCGGAGGAGUGAGUUUUCCCAAAACCAACCCCUCUUUAGUUAACUGGUGGUGAGGUGGGACCCUCUUCGAGUCUCUUCCCCUUGGCAGAGUGAGGAGCUGGCCCGAGUGCUGAAGCUUUACUGAAGCACCCACCAUGAUGACGGAGCCAGUCUGGCCCCUGCUGUUUUGGCCACCUUGAUGCUCAGAGAGAGCACAGGAAAUAGUCAGGGGCCAGGGAGACUUGACCGAGUUGGGUUUCCAGGUUGGAGGGGUUAGGCAGAAGGCUUGGUGCUACGGUCAGAUUUGCAGCCGCUAACACAUUCCUGCGUGAGGCCCACCACCGUCUGUCAGUCAUCGUGACUAUGUGUAUCUUAAGCAAUAAGAUUCAGGCUGCCCUGGGCAGUCUGUGCGACGAUGCCCUGUGCUGUGAUUGUCCGGAAGACAGAGUGGCUCCAACCACUGUGAGAAACCCCAAUAAAAUCCGUCUCAAGUGUUGUA